AUGAGAAAGCUGUUUAGGCAGACGUAUAAACAAAACUUAGAGAAGGACAAUAAAAGAUAUAUACAGGCAUUAGAGAUGAAGAAUAGCCUUAUACGAAAGUUGAAAGGGGAGAACAGAAAGCAUACACAAGCAUUAGAAAAUGUCACGGCUAAAUUUACAGACCUGAUUGAAUUGAAAAGGGGAAAAUUCGAGCAACGAGAGCACGGCAAGACUG